AUGGUGCUCCUGCAACCCAACGCCUUUGUGGAUAACCCGUUCCAGACUCGAGAGGAUGUCCAGCGCGGGCUCAUUGGCCUCCUCGACCCCCUCGCCCCUCACACCUCCCCAGGUGGAGCUGUCAUUGACAUUGGCAACACGUCAACGCACUAUGACACACGUGCAGUCGCCUUUGAGACAUUUGCACGCCCACUGUGGGGCCUCACGUCCUUGCUCGUUGGCGGAGGCAAGUACGAAGGAGCCGAGCGGUGGUUCCGCGGCUUGGCCAGUGGCACCGAUCCAACUGGGCCAGAGUACUGGGGCGCGUCCAAGGCCAAGGACCAGAGAAUGGUUGAAAUGAGUCCCAUGAGCUUUGCCAUUGCGCUUGCCCCGGAUGUCUUCUUCGAGAACCAAAGCCCAACUGCAAAGGAGAACAUUGCCGCCUUUCUCGACAGCUGCCAGAACCAGGCCAUGCCAGAUACCAACUGGCUAUGGUUCCGUGUCUUUGCCAACCUUGCUCUCCGCUCCAUCAAGUCGCCCUUGUUCAACCCAGAGCGCAUGGAGCGCGAUCUCGCGCGCCUCGAUUCGUUCCAGCUCGCACCCCACCCGCCCACCGGCGACGACCUUGUCGGCUCGGCAGGAUGGAGUCGCGAUGGUCCUGAGGGUGUCAUGCAGCUCGACUACUACUCGGGAUCGUUUGCUAUCCAGUUUGCACAGAUGGUGUAUGCCAAGAUGUGCGCCGAGAGCGACCCCAAACGCGCCGCCUCGUACCGUCAACGCGCCCAAGACUAUGUCCGCGACUUUGUCUACUACUUUGACGACGAGGGCAACGGAAUUCCCUUUGGCCGCUCCAUGAUCUACCGCUUUGCCAUCAUCUCGACCUUCUCGGCCAUGGCGCUGUGCGACGUUGCCCCGCCGGCCCCGCUCGAGUGGGGACACAUCAAGGGCCUUGUCCUCCGCCACCUGCGUACCUGGGGCCGCCAGCCUGCCAUCUUCCGUUCAGACGGCACCCUCAACAUUGGCUACGUGUAUGAGCAGAUGCACAUGACCGAAAACUAUAACAGCCCGGGCUCGCCCUACUGGUGCUGCAAGGCGUUUGCCUGUCUUGGCGCCCCCGCGACACAUCCCUUCUGGACAUCCGACGAGCUGGCAUGGCCUACAGCGCUUUUCCCGCCCAUCAAGGCCCUUCCCGACCCAUACCACAUCAUGGUGCGCUCAGGUGGCCACACAUUCCUCCUGUCGUCGGGCCAGACCGCGCACUAUGCCCUGCGCAACGGUACCGCCAAGUACUCCAAGUACUCGUACUCGUCGACCUUUGGUUUCUGCUGCUCGACGGGCGACCUGGACCUGGAACAUCUCGCUGCAGAUGGCGCGCUCGCGCUGCGAGACAACAGCCCAGGCAUCGACGCCUGCGACUCGGACACUUGGCGCGUGCGCCGUGUUCCCCUCAACGCCCGGAUCGUCGGCCGCGGCACGCCAGAGGUGCACCUGCGCUCUGGGUGGCGUCCCUUCCCCGACGUCGAGGUCGAGACGUGGCUCGUCCCACCCACAUCCGACAGCCCCAACUAUUACCUCCGCGUACACAAGGUGGUCGCUGGGCGGCCGCUACGCUCGGCCGAGGCCGGGUGGGCGACGUAUGGACAGGGCGAGGACGGCCGUGCGCUUGUCCAGGCGUUCUCAGGAGAGACCAGCAAGGGUGGACUGGAGGCGGACGGGGAAGCUCGCGCCACUACGGCGGGCGGCUCCGUGGGUGUGGUGGACCUCGCUGUGGGAAGCAGCAGCAACGCCAAACGUACAGGCAAGCUCGUGCAGUCUGAUCCAGGCUCAAACGUCAUCUUUGCACGCAGCGUUCUCCCCACGCUCAUGGGCGAAGUCCCUGUUGGCACCACGUGGAUCGCGACUGCCGUGUUUGGUGUACCGGGCGCCGUGGUCACUGGGGCCGAUGCCGAGUGGGCAAAGCGUCCUCGGGUCCCCGAGUACAUUCUCAAGGAGAUGUAG